AAAAAGAGUAGAAUAUGUAUGCUGCUUCUGGAAAAUCAAUUGUUAUCUAAUUUUGUUAAUCAUAAUUCCAUCACAUAGCUAACUUUAAACCAUGAUCACUAAAAACCUCAUCUUCCUCACCAAUUCAUCUCUCUUGAUUCUCUCACUACUUAAUAAUUUGUUUCAAACUUGUAAUGCCAACUAUAGUUGCAGUCCUUCUGCGUGUGGCAUAUUUCCCAAUAUCAGCUCCCCUUUCCGCCUCAAGGGCGAUCCCAGCAACUGCGGCGAUCGCAGAUUUGAGUUAGCUUGCGAAAACAAUGUGACCUCCAUCUCUCUCAACUCUCACAAAUACUAUGUCAAAGCCAUCAACUACGACAACUCCACCAUCAGGCUGGCCGAUGCUUCCUUAAACAAUGACGACAUCUGCUCUUUUCCCACCCUUUCUCUAUAUGCCUACAACUUCCCCAUUACUAAUUUCCCUCGUCUUCCUUUCUAUGUUAUGAGUUACUCUACCUCAUCUUCUAUUUAUUUUAUAAGCUGCCCAAAUCCGUUGACCAAUAUUUCUUCCCUUUUUACUGAUAUCACUACUCAGUGUGCCUCUAAUUCAUCCCAUCCCAGAUAUGCUUAUAUCAAGAUCGGCCACAUGAAACUCUCAGAGUUACCACAUUUGUGCGGUGUGGAUCUCAUAGUGAUGACAUCGUGGCAGGAAUUUAAGGAUUUGAACAACGUUUCACUUUCAGAAAUCCACCAAUCUCUCUUGUAUGGAUUUGAACUCGAUUUCUGUACCCCGUCCUUGUGCCAACUAUCAUCCACAAAGUCAAACUGGGAGAAUUUCACAAAGCACUUAUUCGGAAGUAAUAGUAAGGCGCUCACUCCUAUCUUGUCUAACCAAUUUUGUUUUCAUAAGAGAUCAUGACUUUGAAUUUUAAUUAACAUAUCUAUUAUCCUCAUUACUAAUUAUCAUAUGCGUAUAUAUCUGCAGGGCUUUUGUUAAUUCCUCUCGCUCUUCUAGUUUUUAUAAUUGCAGGGGUAAGUCUCCCUCUGACGAUCAUCAUCGGAAUCACCGGCGUAUUAGUACUCUCAUUUACUUCCUUUUCGGCCCGGCUAGACGGCGUGCCUUACAAAUUCAGUAACUACUUAUUCCCUGGAGGGGUACAGAGCUUGGGAACUAAUUUCUCAUUCCUUGCGCUUCUCGUGAGUUGUGUGGCCAUUAUAGUUUUGUUAUCUGCAGCAAUAAACCCCCUUCUCACGAUCAUCACCGGAUUUGGCGGCGUAUUACUAGUCUCAUUUAUUUUGAUACACAACUGGUCCACUGUAACGAACGAAGCUACUAGACUCCUAUUCAUUGGCGUAAUAUCAGGGAUAGUCAUCUCUUUACCAAGGAUCAUCAUUGGUCCUUUUGUAGUAUGGUUUUUGAUCUACAAAUACCGAAGAAGGCGCUUGUCGGUGUACGAGGAAAUAGAAGGCUUCCUAAAAAGUGACAACAAACUCUCGCCAAUCAGGUACUCAUAUUCAGACAUAAAGAAGAUGACGAGAGGUUUUCAAGAAAAACUAGGCCAAGGAGGAUUCGGUUCUGUUUACAAAGGAAAGCUCCGAAGUGGCCAUGAUGUAGCAGUUAAACUACUGGGAAAGGCUACAACGAAUGGACAAGACUUUAUCAAUGAAAUUGGUACCAUUGGGAGGAUCCAUCAUGUGAAUGUUGUCAAGCUUGUUGGAUAUUGUGCUGAAAGGUCCAAACACGCCCUCAUAUUCGAUUUCAUGCCCAAUGGCUCUCUUGAAAAGUACAUCUUCAACCGAGAAAAAGCAUCUUCAUUGGAUUGGGAUAUGAAAUUUAAAAUUGCAGUUGAAGUAGCCCGAGGGAUUGAGUAUUUGCAUUGUGGUUGUGAUAUACAAAUCUUACAUUUUGAUAUCAAACCUCACAAUAUACUUCUUGAUGAUAAGUUCGUCCCAAAAAUAUCAGAUUUUGGGCUGGCAAAAUUAUGCUCCAUAGAGAAAGACACUGUGACUAUGACUGCAGCUAGAGGAACCAUAGGGUACGUUGCUCCCGAACUCAUCAAUAGAAGUAUUGGAGGAGUGUCUUACAAGGCUGAUGUGUAUAGUUUUGGGAUGUUGUUGAUGGAAAUGGUUGGCUUAAACAAAGAGUUGAGGGGAAACAAUGAUGAUUCUAGCAAGUAUUUUCCAGAUUGGAUAUAUGACCACUUUAACCAAGGCAGAGACAUUGAAAUCGAAAAAGCAGAGGAAAAUAAUGGUAAUGAUGAUGAGAAUGAGAGUAGAAAGAGUCUUGUACAUAAGAUGACAAUAGUUGCGCUAUGGUGCAUACAGAUAAGGCCAGAUGAUCGUCCAUCAAUGCAUAAAGUGCUGGAAAUGUUGGAAGCAGAUGUUAAACAUCUGCACAUUCCUGAUUAUCCUCCUCAAUCAGCACAUGUGGCUGGAAAUGAGGAAGAGAGCUGGCGUACAGAUGCAACUGAUUCUGUAUCAUUGCUACAUUAUAACAAUGGGAGCAGCAUUGAGAUUACUAUUGCUUGAAUCUGUUUUCUCCACUGUUUUUGCCUGAAACAGGUUCCUCUUUUAUGUAUGAGUUUCAUAGCCUUCAUUGCUUCAUCGAUCUCUUCUACAGUGAUCUCUAGUAUCAACUUAUGCGAUUGUUAUAGUUGUGAUUUGCUCACAAUCAGAUGUCAACUCAUCAUAAUUGAAUUUGAUGCAUGCGAAUAAACUGUCUGGCUCCUCAA